ACUUCAUCUGGAACCUCCAGCCUCAUCAAUCCAAACUACUGAACCACAUACGGCCUAAUCAUGAGCAGGAAUUACAUGUCCAAGUAUGAUGAGAUGCGUAAGGGAGACUACAUGGUCAAUAACAAGGAAUACAAGGCAGUUUUCCAGGAGGACGGUAACUUUGUCAUCUAUGGCUGGCGGCAGAUGUGGUCCUCUGACACCGCCGGCCAGGUUGACGCCUACCGCCUGUGCAUGCAGGACGACUGCAACUUUGUCAUGUACAAGAGGGAUAACAAGACGAUGUGGCAAACCAAGAGCCAGGCUCAAGGGUUCAAGAUGUGCCGCAUGUACCUGCGCAACGACGGCAACCUGGUCGUUGAGAAGGACGGUGAAGAAAUGUGGAACUCUUCUUCCUCCAAGGGCCACAAGCAGUGAAUGUCUUGACCGCAACUGGCUCUGUCCUAAGGGUCAUCAAGGAAGAUGACUCCUCUCACUCUGUACCAUAAAUCAAAUCCCUGUGUUCCAAUAUCCACAUUAGCAUACCACUUAGAAUGAAGUGAUGUGCUGUGUAUGAGUUGUAAGUGGUAUGCUAGUGUGUAUAUCGGAACAUAGCCUUAAGGUAUCUGACUCACAGUGAAAAGAUUAUGCAAUAAACAUUUUAAAUGCCCCAAAACUUUCUUGUGAUUCAUAUGUUUUUCAGUUCCUGAUGCUUGUCCAUAUGAUUUUUUGGGCCCGAUGYGAAAUGCAUCCUUCUUUCCAUGAAGUAAUCACUGGUCUGAUGAAGUUGGCAAGAGGAKAGCCUUAGGUUGCUAAGUUGGUCACACUUUAUUUUGAUAGUUCCRUAUAGAUUAUCUAAUUUGUUCCCUUGUAGCUUGCUGMUUGGACAGUCAGUAUUCCAAAACAGAUUUGAAAAACAAAACUGAUUUGAGCAUUAAGGCCUGCAGUGUGAACACAGCUUUAGACUCCCCAUGUCCAAUCACUGUGGUUCAAACCAUUUAAAUUCAUCAAGGAAAAGAAACAAGCUCUCUCUUGAUGGUCCCACUUUCAUGAAGUGAAUUUCCAGCAAAGAUUCAAAUAUGACAAGGAAGGAGCUUCCAAAAGAACUCAGAGUUAAGGUUGUUGAAAGUUGUAAAACAAGGCAGGCUCUCUUAACCUGACUGGCCUUCAGACCUGUCAAUCACUUAUCAAAAUUCCAACCKAUCAGGGUGCUUGGACGCAAACCAGGGCUCCACCCCGCACACCUCAAGAAGAUGCAAAUUGUGUAGGGAUGGACUCUCACAUGCUGGUUUUAUAUCUUGAAGUGUUGUGCAUCCAUCAAACAUAAUCACAUUCAUAUAAAACAUCUUCAAAUG